CCCGCCCCUUCCUUUGCUAGCUAGUAAACACACAAGAUGGUGCACUAUGUGGAGCUGUUGUCUGAUGCUUACCUAGUGUGUAUGAGUCACGCUCUUUCCACUGAGAAGGAGGAGGUCAUGGGACUGCUCAUGGGAGAGUUAAUGGACAACAAGUUGAUGUGUAUUAUUUCAGCGUAUGCAAUGCGUCGCUCUGAUAAGCAGGCUGAUCGUGUCGAGAUCUCUCCAGAGCAGCUCUCAGCAGCAGCCAUUGAGGCUGAGAGGCUCACAGUGAAGCUUGGGCGACCAGUGCGGGUGGUUGGCUGGUACCACAGUCACCCCCACAUCACAGUGUGGCCUUCUCAUGUUGAUGUGGGCACACAGGCAGACUACCAGAUGAUGGACCCUAACUUCAUUGGACUUAUUUUCUCAUGUUUCAAUGAGGCUGACAAAAAGCAGAGAGUGCAAGUGAUUUGCUUCCAGUCUAUUGCUACCAACUCCGAGCCAAGGUACGAGCACAUCCAGCUGCCACUACGAGUGCUGCCCACCCCUCGAGCCACAGUGGGUGCAGUUUGCCUCGAGGCACUCACACACCUGCCACAGAUACUGCUCGAGGAGGAGAAGGAGGUCUACACCAAGAGUCAGGAGAAUCAGAAGGAUCUGCUGGCUCUGGUUCACAAUAGCGGAGUGUACAGCCAGUCGCUGACACACAUGCUGCAAGUAGUGGCCACACCUCUAAUGCAAACUAUGGAAAGAGAACUGGAGGCAAAUAGAAUCACUCUAGAGGAGCUUAGACGCAAGAAAGAGAAACUGUUGGAAACUCUACAGCAACUAGACUCAUCAUCUUAAUAGCAUAUGUCAUUCAGAACAUUCAUGUGUGACUGACAACAAUUGCUUAACAGAACUGUCCAAAUGAUCAAAGUGUUUGUAUUCUAUUAAUGCCCCAGACCGCCCUCUCAAAUAUGAUUUUUGAACGUUUGUUUCUAAGCUUUCAGAAAAUCAUUGAUAUUGGAUGUUAUGGCAGCUGGAA